GUUUCUCCAGAAACAAUCGGAUUGUUGCAGUAAAUUAAGUUUCGUGAUCACAUAAACAGUUUCUAAAUCUCCGUUUUUCGCCUACAGUUUCCGCGGUACAGUUCAAAAUUCACAAGUAACCAACCACGUGCUGUUACAUCCCUGGGAGGAGACACCAGCCCGCCCUGAAGAGCGGGCGGAGGACUGCAGGGCCUGGUGACGCGCGGGAGCAUGGCGGCCUCGGAGCAGCUCUGCCCCUCGACGGGCAGCGAGGCGCGGCGCGCCCUCAGUCUGGAGGCGCUGGCCAUCCUGCACGAGCUGUGGAGGAACCACGAGCUGUGCGACGCCGUGGUCUCCCUGGAGGACGGCGCCUCGUUCCCCGUGCACAGGGCCAUCCUGUCCGCCUGCAGCCCCUUCUUCAGGACGCUGUUCACGACGGCCGUGGGAGGCGCGCGGCCAGUCGAGGUGAAGAUCCACGGCGUGGCGGCCAGCCACAUGGCCGCCAUACUCAACUACGCCUACGUGCGCAUCAUGCAGCUGGACGAUGAAAACGUGUGCGGCGUGCUGAUCGCCAGCGACUUCCUUGCCGUGAUGGGCGCCAAGCUGACGUGCUGCGACUUCAUAGCGGGCGAGAUGCGUCCCGACAACUGCGUCGCCAUCAUGAAGUUCGCCAGGUUCUACGCGUGCCCGGAGCUGGAGGAACAGGCGCGCGGCUACAUGAUGCAGCACUUCGAGGCCGUGAGCGAGGACAGCGAGGACCUGCUGGAGCUCUCCCUGGAAGAGCUGAGUGAGGUGCUCAGCUGCGACGAGCUGAACGCGAGGUGCGAGGAGGUGGUGUGGCACAGCGUGCUCAGGUGGCUUCAGCACGACUUGGACGCGCGCAAGCAACACAUGCCACAGCUGCUGGGCUGCAUUCGCCUGGGGCUCAUAGACGCCAAGUACUUCAUCACACACGUGAAGAACCAUGAGCUGGUGGUGGGGGACCCACGCUGCCGCCCCAUCGUCAUCAGCGUCCUCAAGUACAUGUACGACGCGAGCUCCAGCUCCGAGGAGGAGGCAGUGCCGCCACAUGCCUGCCCGCGGCUGCCUUACGAGCUGUUGUUCACUAUCGGCGGCUGGAGCGCCGGAACGCCCACUAGCUCUGUCGAGCUGUACGACAGCCGCGCCGACCGGUGGACGCAGCUUCAGGAAGAGGACCCGGAGGGUCCGCGCGCCUACCACGGCGUCGCGGCGCUGGGCGGCGACCUCUACGUGGUCGGCGGCUUCAACGGCGUCAACUACUUCAACUCGUGCCGCUGCUUCAGCUCGGAGCGGCGAGUCUGGCGUGAGGUGGCGCCCAUGAAUGCGCGCAGGUGCUACGUGAGUGUCGCUGCACUUGACGGCCUGCUGUACGCCAUGGGCGGCUACGACCGCCCCAACAGGCAGAGCACGGCGGAACGCUACAACCCGUGCACCAACCAGUGGUCCUUCAUCGCACCCAUGAGCGUCCAGCGCUCCGACGCCAACGCCACCACGCUCGACGGUUGCAUAUACAUAGCGGGCGGCUUCACGGGGCUAGAGUGCCUCAGCUCCGUGGAGGUGUACGAUCCUCAGCUGGACCAGUGGCGGCUUGUCGCCAACAUGACGUCACGCAGGAGUGGCGUGUCCUGCUGCGCCUACCACGGCCGCAUCUACGUCGUCGGUGGGUUUAACGGCAUUUCGCGGCUGAACAGCGCCGAGGUGUACAGCCCCAGGACGAACACGUGGACGCGCAUCGCCGACGUGCUGCAGACGCGCAGCAACUUCAUGCUCGAGGUGGUGGACGACGCCAUGUACGCCGUGGGUGGAUUCAACGGCGUCACCACGACGGCCAGCGUCGAGUGCUACGACGAGGUCGCCAAUGAGUGGUUCGAGGUGGCGUCGAUGAGGCAGUUCCGGUCGGCACUGGCGGGCGCCACGGUGCGUGGUCUGACCGCGAGCAAGGUGCGAGGGCUGGUGUCUGGCAGCCGGGCCGACGGCGCGGGCAGGCGUACCCGCCGUGCUGUCUCUACCCCGGUGCCGGUCCCGGACCAGGACCCAGCCCCUGUCGUGCAGGCCCUGCAGCCCGAGGACAGCAACCAGGAGUACGCUGUGGAGGAGACAGACUCCUCCAGCUCCAGCGAGGACAUGUAGUGUCUGGCAGCCGGGCCGACGGCGCGGGCAGGCGUACCCGCCAUGCUGUCUCUACCCCGGUGCCGGUCCCAGACCAGGACCCAGCCCCUGCAGCCCUAGGACAGCAACCAGGAGUAGGCCGUGGAGGAGACAGACUCCACCAACUCCAGCGAGGACAUGUAACUGCACCCACCAGCUCCAGCGAGGACAUGUAACUGCACCGAGGCGCUGGACAACAAUAUAAUAUUAAUAACAUUGUCCCUCUGGAAUUUCUUAACCUUAUAAACCUCAUUGAAGAAAAUAUAAAUAUGGAAACAUGUAAAAA